CUCCAAGUGUUCGCGUACGAAUAUAGUGGCUCCACCUAGCCGUCAACAUCGAGCAUCGUCCGAGUGGGUUAUCCCUUGUUCAUCGACAACAACGAGUACUCGUCUAACGAGCUGUCAUUUCACCGAGCUGACAAGGUGACGUGUCGUGGAUUAAUUUCCUUUUCCUGCCGCUGGAGGGACCAUGCCAGAGUAUAAAAGCACCUGCUACACGUGAACGCGACCUCUUGUUUCUACUUCUACUACUGCCCGGAAGAGUCGCCGAAAGUGCUGAAACUGACUACGUUAGAGUGAAUCGAAAUCAAACUUUGUGAAUUAUUAGUGUAAGAUUAAGAAAAAAUUGAAUUAACGAAAUUAAGAAGAAAUAAACUAGAUAAGUGUUGAAAUCGAAAUAAAUUAAAUUAGUGCAUAACCUAAACCUAAAGUGAACUCUAUAGACUGUAAAAAGUGGACUCAAUAAAGAGAAUAAAGUGAGUGAAAUUAAAGAAAAACCGUUGCUCUCAGCUGAUACAUCGACAACUGGUCCUUCGAACCGGAUUUGGCCGACGAACUCCGGUCAUCUGGUGCCUAAAUCUUCUGUGAACACCCGAUUUGGAAGUACGACGUACCACGCUUCUGGAAGUUCUGGAACGUUCGAGAGGUUGCUGCGUUUCUAUAUCUUUCAAGGCAUUUCAUUGCCUUCUAAAAGGUAAUUAUAUUUCCUCUAAGUUACUUUUGUGCCCAUUUGUGCUGCGCGGUGCCUUCGAUUCCACAGAUCAAUCUCCACACCGUAACCCGAUGAAAUGUCUGCCGAACGAAAACUGAAGGCCCUUAAGGCACGCCUACGGAGCUUGCAGACAUCAUUCAGGCUCAUCAAAACCUUCGUCGAUGAAUAUGAAGAAGAAUUGCAUGCCUUGGAAGUUCCUGUGCGGUUGGAGAGCUUGAUAAGGUUGUGGGCUGACUACUGUACGGUUCAGUCCGAGCUGGAGACAUUGGACGACGCCGGCUUAGAAGAGUAUUUGAAGGAACGGGCCAUGUACGAGUCAGCUUACUACAAGGUGAAGGGGUUUCUUCUCUCGGUUAAUAAAUCGGCACCUUUGUCACCGACAUGCGCUUCUCCGACUUCUCACACCCACGCACAUGGCCUUACGUCGUCGUCACAUGUUCGCCUACCCGACAUAAAAUUGCCAGUAUUCAGUGGAAAUUUGGAUCAUUGGCUCAACUUCCACGAUUUGUAUAUGUCUUUGGUUCACUCUUCAACGGAAUUAUCAAACAUACAAAAGUUUUAUUAUCUUCGUGCGUCUCUUUCUGGCGACGCCCUGAAAUUGGUACAAACGAUCCCUAUCACUGCUGCUAAUUAUCAUGUGGCAUGGAGUUUGCUCGAGGAUCACUUCCAAAAUAAGCCUCGCUUGAAACAGUCGUACCUGAACGCCCUAUUUGAGUCCGCAACCCUGAAACGAGAGUCUGCUCCUGAUCUCCAUGCCCUAGUAGAACGGUUUGAAUCUAACGUGAAAGUGCUCCAUCAGUUAGGCGAGAAAACCGAAUUUUGGGAUCUUAUUCUCAUUCGAAUGCUCAGCGUGCGACUAGACGCUACUACUCGCCGCGACUGGGAAGAAUAUUCUGCAACCAAGACCGAUGUUACGUUUAAGGACCUUACCAGCUUCAUUCAGCGCAGGGUAUCCGUCCUACAAACCCUUCAGGGAAAAGGCGUCGAAACUCCGCCCUCGUCCUCGUCGUCGUCGCUCGGUCCACCGAAAAAGUCCACCCAACGCUCUGCUGCGUGCCACAGUGCCACCCACGCAAACACCGACAGAAAGUGCCUCGUAUGCUCCGAGCAUCACCCACUCUAUAUGUGCCCCACGUUUUCCAAACUGGUAGUUGAAGAUAAGGAGAAGGAAAUUCGUCGUCUUCAAUUGUGUAGAAACUGUCUACGCAAGGGCCAUGUGGUACGAGAAUGUCCGUCUUCCAGUUCAUGUCGCAAAUGUAAACAUCGCCACCAUACUCAGCUUUGUCCCGGAGAGCUGGUGACUACCACAACCAACAGUCCUUCAACUACUUCGAAAUCAGCAGCAGCGCAUACCCCGGAGGAACAGCCACGGACAUCUGCUUCAGUGACCGUUACCGAGAUGCCCACCUACGCCGCAUCGCAGAAACGACAAACCACAGUUCUUCUGGCCACUGCUGUAGUCCUCUUCGUUGAUGACAACGGCACUGAGCAUGCCGUAAGAGCACUUUUGGACUCGGGUAGCGAGUGCUGUUUUGUUUCCGAAAGAUUCCUCCAAUCUGUUAGCAUUUGCCGGAAAAAAGUGUCCAUCCCCAUCUCGGGCAUCGGUCAGUCGACGGUCAACGCUAAAUUUACUGUGCUGUCCCACAUACGAUCCAGGGUCUGCAACUAUUCCACCACCGUUGAAUGUUUGGUUCUACCCAAGUUGACUAUGGACUUACCAUCCGCCUCCAUCGAAGCUACUACAUGGAACAUCCCACCUGGUGUACAACUGGCGGACCCAACUUUCCACAAGCGCAACGUAAUCGACCUAGUUCUAGGAGCAGACGUCUUCUACGACAUCUUUAACGUAUCGGGUCGAAUUCACAUAGGCGAUGCACUUCCACCUCUUAUCAAUUCCACGUUUGGCUGGGUAGUUUCCGGAAGGACCCCCUGUCCUGCCACGAGAAGGCCGCUCAUCGCUAAUGUGGCCACGAUCACCGAAUUGACUGAAAUGAUGGAAAGAUUCUGGACACUUGAAGAAAAGGUAUCGUCAUCAUGUCACUCCAUCGAAGAAGCAGCAUGCGAAUCACACUUUCAACAAACGGUAUCACGAGAUGACCAAGGCCGAUACAUCGUUCGCCUUCCGAUAAAGCCUGAUGUCCUCACUCUACUCGGCGACAACCGUCGCACCGCUGUACGACGAUUUCGGAUGGUGGAACAACGUAUUGCUCAAAGCCCUCAGUUGUUUCAGCAGUAUAUCAACUUCAUGGAUGAGUAUAGUUCCCUAGGACAUAUGCGAAAAGUUAACGACUACGAAACACCGCCUAAUCCGAACUAUCAUCUGCCACAUCAUGCCGUGCUCCGCGAGGAAAGCACGACAACAAAGGUCCGCGUUGUUUUUGAUGCGUCUUGUAAGACCAGCCGAGGACCGUCGUUAAAUGACGCACUCAUGGUGGGACCGAUCGUCCAGGAGGAACUGAGAUCGAUCAUCAUGCGCGCAAGAACUCAUCCAAUCAUGCUAAUAGCUGAUAUAAAACAGAUGUUUCGUCAGAUUUUGGUUGAUGAAAGAGACACCCCGCUGCAACGAAUCGUAUGGCGAACUUCCCCGGACAAGCCUCUAGACACGUAUGAGCUUAAGACGGUCACCUAUGGGACAGCUUGUGCUCCCUUUCUGGCCACAAGAGUCCUGCACAAACUGGCUGAAGAUGAACAGGAUGGAUUCCCAGCGGCUGCGGAAGUACUACGAAAGGACUUCUAUGUUGACGACCUUUUUUCCGGGGCGGACAGCGUACAGGAUGCCAUUGAACUACGAGAACAGCUCGACAUGCUUUUGUCAAAGGGAGGAUUUGUUCUACGCAAAUGGGCCUCCAACAUUCCAGCAGUUCUUGAUGGCGUUUCUCCCGAUAAUCGAGCCCUACAAUCUUGCGUAGACUUCGAUUUUGACCAAUGCAUCAAAACCUUAGGACUGUAUUGGGAACCCUCCACCGAUUACCUCCGCUAUCGUAUCAGCUUUCCUCCUGUUUCUCCAGACUGUGCUAUCUCCAAGCGAUCUGUUCUCUCUAACAUCGCAAGACUUUUUGACCCGAUUGGCUUGGUUGGCCCAGUUGUUACCGUUGCCAAACUGUUCAUGCAAGAGCUGUGGUUGUUGAAGCAUGAGGAUGGAGAAACUUGGGGCUGGGAUGAAGAAUUACCUGCCGCAAUCAAGGAGCGUUGGCGAGCCUACUGUGAGCAACUACCAAGACUGAAUGAAUUGAGAAUAGAGCGAUGGGUUCUCUGCCCUACACCGACCUCGAUUCAACUUCACUUUUUUUCGGACGCCUCAAAACUUGCAUACGGUGCAUGCUGCUAUCUUCGCUCUUCUAAUUGCAACGGAACCAUCAAAGUCACACUGCUAACGGCUCGAUCCAGAGUUGCCCCUCUAAAGCAGCAAAGCAUCCCCCGCCUGGAGUUAUGUGGAGCUCUUUUGGCAACGGAACUUUUUCAGAAGGUAGCUGCAUCACUGAACAACUUCCAAGAAAUCUUCUUUUGGGUCGAUUCAACAAUCGUCCUGUGCUGGCUGAAAGCCGAACCCACAACCUGGACCACAUUUGUCGCCAACCGGGUUUCAAAAAUUCAACAGGCAACGCAGCGUGGUACUUGGAAUCAUGUUGCCGGCCAAUUCAACCCAGCGGACUGUAUUUCCAGAGGUACAUCGGCUGAAACUAUACUCGAGGAUGACCUGUGGUGGCACGGGCCAUCAUGGCUACACCUCGAGCCUGCGUUGUGGCCCAACCAACCUACCAUGUCGGGCAAAAUUGUGCUCCCUGAAACUCGUCACCUGCCGAUAUCUGCCACUACUGCAACUGUGGAGCCUUCGUUCAUUGACGAUCUAGUGAGCAAAUUUUCGAACUACAGUAAACUUCUGCGUGUCGUCGCCUACUGUCGCCGGUUUCUACAAAAUGUCAAGGCAACGUCUCUGGUAUCCCCUUACAUCAACACAACGGAGCUCCAGGAUGCCGAAGCUGUCAUCGUUCGGCUGGUUCAGCAGCAAUUCUACAAGGAAGAAUGGCAAGCAUUAGAAAAAUCACAGCCAAUUUCGUCCAAAUCAAAACUUCGCUGGUUCCAUCCAUUUCUCUCCACGGAUCGGGUGAUGAGAAUCGGAGGUCGUAUACAUCAAGCAUCUCAACCAUUCGACAGUAAACACCAAAUUAUUCUGCCUGGAAAACAUGCCCUGUCUACUCUCUUGCUUCGUUCGCUACAUCUAAAACAUCUGCACGCCGCCCCUCAGCUCCUACUAAACAUACUACGCCUGCGAUACUGGAUCGCAGGGGCUAGAUCUCUGGCAAAAAAUAUCGUACACAACUGUGUAACCUGUACAAGAGCUCGACCGAAGUUACUGCAGCAAUUUAUGUCGGAGUUACCCGCUUCACGAGUAGUAGCGAGCAGACCAUUUUCCAUAACCGGUAUAGAUUACUGGGGUCCGAUUCUGCUGCAGCCUCCACAUCGUCGCGCCGCUCCCAGAAAGGCAUUCGUAGCGGUUUUUGUAUGCUUUUCCACUCGCGCAGUCCACCUAGAGCUGGUGGCCGAUUUGACUACAUCGAAGUUCCUACAAGCUCUAAGACGUUUCGUGUCACGACGGGGACUCUGCAACGAAAUCCAUUCCGACAACGGUCGGAAUUUUAUCGGCGCAGCUAACGAGCUACGUCAGCUAAUUCGAAAUAAGGAUCACCACAGAGCACUAGCAGAAGAAUGCGCGAGCAACGGGAUUCGCUGGCGUUUCAACCCCCCCAAAGCAUCGAAUUUCGGUGGCCUAUGGGAGGCUGCUAUACAAUCCGCACAGAAGCACUUCGUGAGAGUUCUUGGCACAAGCACACUUGCUCCCGACGACAUGGAGACGUUUUUGUCGCAAAUAGAAUGUUGCCUAAAUUCGCGCCCCAUCGUACCGCUGACUGAUGAUCCGACAGAUUUCGAAGUGCUCACCCCGGGGCACUUCCUGGUCGGGUCCGCACUGAAGGCCGUCCCAGAUGCAGAUGUAUCCGAGAUAGCUUGCAAUCGGUUAACCAAGUGGCAGCAAGUCCAGAAAAAGCUGCAAAUCAUUUGGAAGAGAUGGCAUAUGGAAUAUUUAUCCACUCUGCAGCCAAGAACAAAGUGGUUGAAUCCGCCUAUCGCACUGCAGAAGGGCCAGCUGGUCCUGUUGAUGGACGAAAAAUCUCCUCCAAUGGUUUGGCCUACAGCGAGAAUUGAGGAACUACAUCCUGGUUCCGACGGGAAUACUCGCGUAGUUACUCUUCGUACCGCACACGGCUGCUACACUCGUCCCGUCAACAAGAUUUGUUUAUUGCCGAUUCCGCUAUCCAACGAAGAAACACCAGAGCAAAACACCAAACAUCGAGAGACGAAAUAGCAUCAACCUUCGAGUCAUCGCUUCAACCAAUUACGUCACCGAUGCGUUCCAGUUCCAAUGUGAGCCACCUACAAAUAAAAAUACAACGCCCUAAUGAAUUAGGGAGAAGUGAAUUUUCUGCACAUCCUUCAACCGUGCGACCAACCGGAGGAGUAAACAACAAUCGAUUAUGGAAACGUCACAC